ACGAGUCGCUUUUAAAUGACGCAGCAAAUUUUUACCGCACAUGAGAUGACAACAGCACAGCAGAGACAGCAGUUUAGAGUUUUCGCAUCAGAUGGCCACUGGAAAGGCUGAUGAACCUGCAGUGCAGGAGAGCCACCACGAAUGUGCAAACAAUGAAAAUGAACCUGCAAAAGAUGAAAAGGACACUCUACAAACUGGAGAAGUAGAAACAAUGUCAAAAAGACAAAGAAAGAAGCUUCUUAAGAGUCAACAGUGGGAAGAACAGAGAGAGCUUCGCAAACAGAAGCGGAAAGAAAGAAAACAGCAGAGGAAACUGGAAAGACAAGCGCAGGGAGAUGAUGGAGUGGAGUGGACAGGAAAGAAGCGUCUGCGCAGGUCAGCGGAACCCAGCUCUCUCCGACUGAUCAUCGACUGCAGUUUUGAUAACCUCAUGGUGCUCAAGGAUGUAAAGAAGCUUCACAAGCAGAUUCAGAGAUGCUAUGCUGAAAACAGACGCACCCUUCAUCCAGCUCAGUUUUACCUCACGAGUCAUGGUGGUCAGUUAAAGCAAAUUAUGGAUGAAAUUAAUAAAGGCUGGGUUAACUGGAAGGAUGUCCAUGUGAAAACUGAUGCAUUUCAUGAAAUCCUGAAGAAGGAGGAUCUGGUCUACCUCACCUCAGAUUCACCCAAUGUGCUGCAGGAGCUAGAUGAGAACAAAGCCUAUGUGAUCGGCGGUCUGGUGGACCACAACCACCAUAAGGGCAUCACAUUUAACCUUGCACAAGAGCUCGGCAUUGCCCAUGCUCAGCUUCCAUUGGGCAGUUUCGUCAAGAUGAACAGCCGCAAAGUGUUGGCUGUCAAUCACGUUUUCGAGAUCAUCUUAGCAUUCCUGGAGAAACGAGACUGGCGAGAAGCUUUCUUCACUGUCUUGCCGCAGAGGAAGGGAGCCGUGCCGAUGGGCCAAGAGAACACACUCGGAAAAGAUGAGGAUGAAGAAGAGUCUGAUGACGAUUCAGACUCAGAACAUCUAUCAGAAAGAAGAACAGACUCAAAGGACCAAUCAGAUAACAAACAAGAUGAAGAACACAAACGUGUGCCAAACCAGCCAGAUUCCACUGAUAAAAACACAGAGUAGAGAUUUAUAUUUAUGCUUUUUCAUUCAGUUUUUUUUAAUGGCUGUUUGUUUAUUUUAAGUUCGAUAUUAUCUUGAUUUAAAAAUGUAAAAGUUCGACUUAUGUGUUUUUGUUGAAACAAAUUGAAUGAAAAAUAAGAAUAAAAAAUAACAAACAA